UAUAGUUUGGCGGUAAUAUUGCAGUUUCUCAUUAUUUAGUUUGCCAGCUACAGUAACAGCAACACCUUACUGAACAGAAAAGGACCAAUAAUCACCCAACAAAUAGAACAAAAGAAAAAGAAAAACAUUUUUUUCUCCUUCUUCUUAUUAUGGCCUUUACACCAUGCCUUCAAGGUUUUGCUGCAGAAUUAUCAACUUUAAUUUCAUUUAAUUUUCCUAGUUAAAUACUUUGUUACCGCUUCAAAAAAGUUUCUUUUUUUAUUAACCUUCUUGUCAUUUUAGUUGGUUGGCAAGCUCAAAUUUUGCAUCUUGUUUGCCACUGAGAAUUUCAGAUCUUGAAAGGGGUAAUGCAAAUCAUAGCCAUGGCAUAUUGGAGCUUCAAGGAGAUAUUUAUUGUGCUUGCAGUUAGCUAAAAUGAAGACCACACAGGAUCUACAAAAUACAACUGAGAAACAAUCUUCAACCCAGGUUUCUCACGAGGCCCAAAGUGACCAGCAGAACAAUACGACGGAUACCCCUGUAGCAGAUUCAGGUUCAGUUUCCGCAUCAGGCAAUGACAACCGGAAAGUUUCACGUGAAGAUAUUGAGCUAGUACAAAACUUGAUUGAACGUUGCUUACAAUUGUAUAUGAAUAAGGAUGAAGUGGUUAAAACACUUCUUAAUCGUGCAAGGAUAGAUCCUGGAUUUACAACCCUUGUUUGGCAAAAAUUGGAAGAGGAAAAUGCAGAUUUCUUUCGGGCCUACUAUAUUAGGCUUAAACUGAAGAAACAAAUCAUCUUAUUCAAUCAUUUGCUUGAGCACCAAUAUCAUCUAAUGAAAUAUCCUGUGCAUCCGAAGGUUCCAUUGACUCCGAUGCAGAACGGGAUAAAUACCAUGCCAGUCAACAACUUACCCAUGGGGUACCCCGUCCUACAACAACCUCCACAUCCAGGUGCAGUGCAACCUCAUUUUGAUCCGAUGGGCAUGUCCAAUUGUCAUGUGGUUAAUGGUGUUCCUGCACCAAGCAACUAUCAUCAUCCAAUGCGGAUGAAUUCUGGAAACGAUAUGGUGGUAGAAACGAGUGCAUCGGAUGUAACACCAGUUAUUCCACCGAGCAAUGCCAUGUCAUCUAUGUCCGAUAUGCCUGUAAGCCCUGCAUCAGUAGCUUCCAGUGGCCACUUCCCCUUCACCGCUUCGGAGAUUUCAGGGAUGGGAAUUGACACAUCAGCCCUUGACACUUCAUUCCCAUCUGAUGUAGCUAGUUCAGUAGGAUUGCAACUUCCGUCAGAUAACGGGGUUGGUAAUUCUAGAGAUUUGCUGAGAUCCUUGGAUCAGAUUCCUUGGGAUUUCAGUCUUGCGGAUCUAACAGCUGACUUGUCAAACUUGGGAGAUCUAGGAUCUCUAGGAAACUAUCCUGGUUCCCCAUUUUUGCCUUCCGAUUCAGAUAUUCUGCUUGAUUCUCCAGAACAAGAAGAUAUAGUUGAGGAAUUCUUUGUUGAUGUCGACGCCGCCCCAGGGCCUGCAGCAUGCCCUCAAUCAGAUGAAGAGAAGUCCUAGCUUCAGUUGAGACGUACACAUGCUUAAUUCUAUAGUCAAAAUAAGGAGUUUGGCGUAAAAUGAUGUUAAAACGAGAGAGACUCAUCAGCUGAGGAAAUUGUUUUACCUGUGUUAGGUAUGUCUAUGUAGUUAUUAACCUAACUUUGCUGGUGCCAAAGCCUGACCCUUCUACUUUACCGGAAGCUCUAAUGGAAGAAAUCGAAGAGGAAAAGUCACCUCGCUUUAUUCUUAUACUGAUCGAAUUGGACUAUUUUCUAUUCUAAUAGAUUUCACUUCCCUUGCUUGCACGACUUGCUCUUUGCUUAAAAGGUGGUGUAUCUAAGCUUUGAGUUAUUGUAAUCGGAUCUUUCUUUCAUUAGUAGAAAACAGGUCAUGAUUUGUUAAGUUCAUUCCUUUUGGUUAAGCUUGUAUCCUGGAUAUUGAACAAUAGCAAUCAGUAAAGGUUUGUCAACCAA